AUGCUAGCCCCAACGGUUUUCGUUGCUGCCGUCGGGCUCGCUGGCCCCGCCACGGCCUUUUAUUCUGGCAACAUCAACUAUUUCUCGCCAUCCCAACACCACCCUUCCCUGGGAGUGUCGAUUCGCAAGGUUGCAGCACGCACCUAUACCGCCUCUCCCUGGACGGCGAACCAGCUCAACUUCACCCAUGGAGUCGCUAGUGGCGAUCCGCUCGAGGACUCAGUCAUUCUCUGGACCCGCGCAGCACCUACGCUCGACAAUGACGGCAGCAACGUUACCGUAACCGGAUACGUCGACCUCUAUAGCCAUGAAACGGACGCGUAUGUGAAAGCCAGCAAGGCGCCAGUCUGCGUCGAGUGGAAGGUUUCAAACAAGAAGGAUCUCUCUCACGUCGUCACCAAAGGCACGGCAUACACCAGCUCUGAUAUUGACUUCACUGUCAAGGUCGAAGCAAAAGGGCUCAAGCCCUUCACUCAGUACUGGUAUCAGUUCAACAUCUGCAACUCCAACAAGACGAGCCCGCUUGGUAGGACCAAGACCAUUCCGAGGAAGAAGGACAAGGCCCUCUCGGCCAUCAAGUUCGCCAUCUAUUCGUGCAGCAACUACCCCUUCGGCUUUUUUAACGCCUAUGGUAACCCUGUCCGGAAGGAUUCGGUUGACUACGUCAUACACCUUGGCGACUACAUCUACGAGUAUAAGAAUGGCGAGUAUGGCUGGGGCAAUUCCUUCGACCGCAUCCCGCAGCCGGAUCGUGAGAUCUACACUCUCUACGACUACCGUAAGAGAAUUGCCACGUAUCGCACUGAUUUGGAUCUGCUUGCGAGCCACCAGCAGUUCCCCUGGAUUCCUGUCUGGGACGACCACGAGGUUGCCGACAACACAUAUCGCGAUGGGAGUUCUGAGCUCAACAACACCGAGGACUCUUUCGUUCGGGAUGGCGGCGUUGCCGUUGAUCAACGCAAGAUGAACGCCGUUCGCGCUUACUUUGAGUGGAUGCCUAUCCGCCAGGUUGACAUGGACGACAAUCUCCGCAUCUGGCGCGAUUUCCAGUUUGGGGAUCUGCUUGAUCUCAUGAUGCUGGAUACGCGACAGUACGACAGGAGCAUCACCGACCUGUACUGGAACACGGACUACGUGCAUGCCAUCAGUAACGAUGCCAGCCGGUCGCUCAUGGGUCCGCGGCAAGAAGCGUGGUUCUACCGCAAGCUCCGCGAGAGCUCAUCCCGGGGCGCGGCCUGGCGUAUUGUCGGGAAUCAGAUCAUUUUCAGCCGCAUGAACGAAAGCCUCGCCCUCGGAAACGAGAACCCGCUCAACUACGACCAGUGGGACGGCUACCAGGCCAACCGUAACCGUACCCUCAACACGCUGUACGAGAAUAAGAUCAACAACACCAUCUUCCUAGCCGGCGAUUCGCACGCCUCCUGGGUGUCGGACCUUACCUGGCUUGACACCAAGCCUUACAACCCUGAGACGGGCGACGGAGCCAUCGGCGUUGAGCUGGCCGGCACAGCGGUCAGCUCGCCCUGUCCCGCGGGCCAGAACAUCAGUCUCGCGGCUGCCAACCUCGGCUCGGCGUGGCUCACCGGCGCCAACAGUGAGCUGCAGUGGCAGGAUCUCUUUUACCGCGGCUACUUUGAGCUCUCGGUGGGCUAUGACGCCGUCAACGCGAGCUUCUUUGGCUUGCCGUCCGUCACGACACGCAAUGGUUACGAGAUACCGCUCGCCAACUUCACUGUUAAGCAUAACGCGAACCGUCUCGACCGGGGGUUGGGGUCGUUUGCUAACAAGCAAGUUGAAAGUGGGAGCUUGAAGGGGGGGAGGACGGUGGGAGCCAAUCUGACGCAUGAUACUGAGACCGGGAAGUGGUUUGUGUUCAAUGGAAAAUAG